AUGCUCACUCUGCAUUUCUUCUUCUGGCUCGGGAAUAUCCCCCUCCUCAUGUCCAACCUCAUUCACCCCAAGUGCUUUUGGAGAAUGAAGCAGAAUGAAGACAAACAUGGAGAGGUGGUGACAGGUUGUGUCUUUUACCUUAUUGCAGAGCAGAGCAGUGAAGUGAAGGUGGACUUGAAAGAGAAUUUCAGGUUUGCCCUGGAUGUGCUAAUACCAACUGCAAACCAUCAUUUUGCUCUGCCUCUGGCUUUUGCUGUGGAUGAAAUCAACAGGAAUCUAUAUCUUCUACCAAAUGUGUCUCUCAUAUUUGCCUUCUUCACUGACAAUUAUCAUGAUAAACAAGCAUUUCAAAAUUUUAUAUACUUUGCUGCAAAAAGGCAUAGACUUCCCCUUAACUACAUCUGUAAAGAUAAGACCAAAUGUUGGGUAACGCUUACAGGACCAAUGUUAGCACCAUCCAUUAGCCUUUUGACAAUCAUCUACCUCAUGCUGCUCCCUGUGUUUUAUGUCCUUCAGCUCACCUAUGGACCUUUCCAUCCUAUCCUGAGUGAUCAUGAACAGUUUCCCAAUCUGUAUCAGAUGGCGCCCAAGGACACAGCUCUGGUCCUGGCCAUGGUCUCUUUGAUGCUUCACUUCAACUGGAACUUGGUUGGGCUGGCCAUCUCAGAUGAUGACCAGGGUCUCCAAUUUCUCUCAGAUCUGAGAGCAGAAACUGAAGUCCAAAGAGUCUGCUUAGCCUUUGUGAUUGUGAUCCCAGUCAACAUGGAGUUAUACAUGUCAAGAGCUGAAGUGUAUAACAACCAAAUUGAGACAUCAUCCACAAAUGUUGUUAUCAUUUAUGGUGACACAGGCAGUACUCUAGCUGUGUGCUUCAGAAUGUGGGUAUCACAGGGUAUACAGAGAAUAUGGGACACCACCUCACAGUGGGAUGUCACUACAAGUAAGAGAGACUUCACCCUUGGCUCAUUCCAUGGGACUCUUGCUUUUGCACACCACCAUGCUGAGAUUUCUGGUUUUAAAAAUUUUGUUCAGACACUGAGCCCUUCCAAAUACACAGACAUAUCCCUGACAGGACUGGGGUGGAUGUACUUUAGCUGUGAAGCCUCCACAUCUAACUGUAAGACACUGGAGAACUGCUCAUCUAAUGUCUCACUAGAAUGGUUAAUGCUACAGAGUUUUGACAUGGCCUUCAGUGAUGAUGCUUAUGAUAUAUACAAUGCUGUGUAUGCUAUGGCCCAUGCCCUCCAUGAAAUGCUUCUUCAACAAGGAGAAAACCAGCCAAUGAACACUGUGAGAUCAUUAGAUUCUGACUGCUCACAGCUUCACCUAUUUCUGAAGAAGAUGCACUUUGUUAAUCCUGUUGGAGAUGUAAUAAAUAUGAAUCAGAAAGAAAAACUGCAAGCAGACUAUGGCAUCUACUACAUUUCUAAUUUCCCCCAUGGUGUUGUACUUAAGGUGAAAAUAGGAGAGUUUAAGCCAUAUUUUCCGCAUGGUCAACAGCUCCAUUUAAAUGAAGAUAUGAUAGAGUGGGCCGCAGGAAAUAGACAGAUGCCCUCUGCUGUGUGCAGUGUUGAUUGUCCCCCUGGAUUCAGAAAAAUCCAUCAAGAAGGAAUGGCAGCCUGCUGUUUUGAUUGCACCCCCUGCCCAGCAAAUGAGAUUUCCAAUGAGACAGAUACGGAUCAGUGUAUGAAGUGUCGAGAGGACCAGUAUGCCAAUGCAGAGCAGAACCACUGCCUGUACAAAGAUGUGACUUUUCUGGCCUUUGAUGACCCCUUGGGGGUGACUCUGUCCAGUAUGGCCUUGUGUUUGUCUGCUUUCACCUUUCUGGUUCUUGGAAUCUUUGUGAAGCACCAAGACACUCCCAUUGUGAAGGCCAAUAACCUCACUCUCAGCUACAUCCUGCUCAUCUCUUUCAUCUUCUGUUUCCUCUGUUCCUUGCUCUUCAUUGGCCAUCCCAACUCAGUCACCUGCAUCCUGCAGCAAAUAACAUAUGGAGUUUCAUUCACUGUGGCUGUUUCCACUGUGUUGGCCAAGACAAUUACUGUGGUUUUGGCUUUCAAAGUCAAUACUCCUGGAAGAAGGAUGAAGUGGCUCCUGGUUUCAGGGGCACCAACCUACAUCAUUCCCAUCUGCAUCAUCAUCCAAAUUAUUCUCUGUGCAAUCUGGCUGGGAACUUCUCCUCCCUCUGUUGACAUUGAUGCACACUCUGAGCAUGGCCACAUCAUCAUUGUGUGCAACAAGGGCUCAGUAACUGCUUUCUACUCUGUCUUAGGAUACCUGGGCUCUCUGGCCCUUGGGAGCUUCACUGUGGCUUUUUUGGCCAGGAAUCUCCCUGACACAUUCAAUGAAGCCAAAUUCUUGACAUUCAGCAUGCUGUUGUUCUGCAGUGUCUGGGUCACUUUUCUCCCUGUCUACCAUAGCACCAAGGGCAAGGUCAUGGUGGCUGUGGAGGUCUUCUCCAUCUUAGACUCCAGUGCUGGCUUGCUGGGAUGCAUCUUUGUUCCCAAGUGCUACAUCAUUUUGUUAAGACCAGAGAGAAAUUCUCUACAAAAGUUAAGGGAGAAAACAUUUUCCAGAACUCACAUUUCAUAAAUUUACCUGACAAAUGUAAUGUUGGUACAGAACCACCUAUUAGGAUACAAUGCAAGGUUAUUUAUUAGCUAGUGAAUCUCACUGUUUCUUCUAAUGGUGUUGUUUAUCAGUGUCAUGUAUACUACUUUUAUCUAUAUUGUCUCCCAUAUCCUUCCACUCAGCCACCUA